CCUGCGGUCGCAGUAAAGGGUUUGGAAUCAGCCGGGGCUCACCCCACACGCAGGAGGAGCUUGGAUCGCUCUGCUUCUGCUCGGGAUCCACCUGGACUUUACUCCACCUGGCACUCGCUUUCUAGGGAAUACCGCUGUACGGAAAGCGCACUCUUUGGCCUGGAUCUAUCCAAGCUUUUGCCAAAAUGCUCCUUUUGUUGUUGGGAAUCAUUGUGCUCCAUGUUUCCGUGCUUGUCCUUCUCUUCGUUUCUACAAUUGUCAGCCAAUGGCUCGUUGGGAAUGGGCAUAAUGCAGACCUUUGGCAGAACUGCACCUUCCUAGGCUCUCAGAGUUCAUUUCAAUGCUUAACAUCUUCCACAAACGAAUGGCUGCAGUCUGUCCAAGCAAUGAUGAUCCUUUCCAUCAUCUUCAGCGUGUUGUCCCUGUUUCUGUUCUUCUGCCAGCUCUUCACUCUCACUAAGGGUGGACGGUUCUACCUUACUGGCAUUUUCCAGAUCCUUGCUGGCCUAUGCGUGAUGAGUGGUGCUGCCAUCUUCACUGUGAGACAUACAGACUGGCAUCCCUCCACAGACAACACCUCCUUUGGCUUCACGUACAUCCUGGCCUGGGUGGCCUUCCCACUGGCGAUCAUCAGUGGGGUGAUCUACAUCAUCUUGAGGAAGCGCGAAUGAAGUGUCGCGUGAGGCCGCUGAGACAAGAGCACUUGGGACAAGGGGCGCUGAUGAGAUAGAAAGUAGGAAAACAUGGAAGUUAAAUAAAAAACAAAACAAACUACACAACACACACAUAUACACACCCCAACAAGGCAAGAGAGGAAAAAGAAACCAAACUGAAAGAAGGGUUACUGUGUUCAUUGAAGAUGUAUAUAGUAUCUAUGGUUUAAAAAACCUAUUUAUAACACUUUUUACAUAUAUGUACAUAGUACUGUUUGCUUUUGUUUGUUGACCUGCCGCCAUGUUUAAAGCCUAAAGAAAGUGCCUAAGAACUCUUUAACUCCUAACACUAUAAUUAGAGUGCCGUUUUUCCUCCUCCUGCUGUGGAAAGGAAUGGAUCCCUCCUCCAGAGCUUUCCACUUCCAGUCCCAAGCCAAAUAGAGACCGUGACGGGGCCUUCUGAAGGGAUGUGGUGUGCCACCACUGCACUGAUACUGUCGGAGGCCCUGACAUGCCCCUGUUAGCCAAAUGACGGAUGCAAAUGCCAUAGAGAAGGGAGAAGGAUGCCUAUCAAAAUGUAGAUGAUGUGUAAGAUAAGGAUGGGGGCACCCGGCUUCCAUCUCCCUUGGGAUGGUGGAGCAUAUGACGUAUGACCUCUGCCUCCUGAAGCCGAAGGUGUAAUGUGUUGCCACCACCACGUAGAGUCCUCCUGUAUGGUGGCCUGAAUUUCUUGAAGGAAAGGUAGGUUGCAAAUGCCACCACCCAUCAAUAAUAGGUCUCUGUCAGAAAGGGGUACCUCCAGCUACUGUUUUGAUAGGUUCGAUCAUGUCAGUGUUUCCAGGUUUUAAAAUGCCCCAGACCAACACUGCAGCCAGGUUAGAAGGCAGAGAAGUGGGACAAGAAACAAAAAAUAAAGCUAGCCAUUUGGUCAUCUUUCUGCUGUGGGUGGGAGAGGGCCAAAAAUGACUUUUGGGGAAAAAAUGUUACAAAAAUACUUUUCUUGAGAAUAAGCUAAUAUGCAGAAAAGAAAUGAAACCUAAGCUCUAGAUCCUCCCCUGCCCUGCAUCCCUUUCCCCGACCCCUUUAUAAAAUCGAAUACCAAAAAUCUGUGAAAUGGUGCUAUCUAUUUACCAUUCCUUAUAUUGCUAAGCCAUUUAACCUUUACUCACUGGAAAGUCAGAUAACGAUUUUGAGAUAAAACAAGGAUUAGGAAUGAUAAAUAAUUCUGUGUAAUAUAUAUAUAUGUAUACAACCUAUAACUGCUUUUGUACUUAGGAACGUUGCUACUAUUAUUUUUUUAAUAAAGCAUUUAUAACCAAGGUAUUCUUCCCCCUCGUGGGCAGGAGGGAAGCAAGCAUAGGAUUUCCCCAGCUCCUCUGUAACCCUUUUCUGUGCUUCCCAAAGUGUGUCUGGCAAUGAACUGUACUGGCAGCUGUGUAAGCGCUGCCUUCUGAUGCUAAGACUCCAGACAUUAUUAUACGAUUUCGCUUUGCUUUGCUGAUUUUGUACCAACUGUGUGGACUAAGAAGCAACAAAAUAAAAGUCAGAGUAACUCAAA